AAUUGCCACUUUCUACCACAGAAUAUACAAUGCCCUUUCUAACCCUCCAUUCUCCCUAUAUAAGUAAAGCCUCAUUCCCUCUUCUAGGUACCAAGCAGCUCUUACCACACCAUCUUCUCUCUCUCUCUCUCUCUCUCUCUCUCUCUCUCUCUCUCUCUCUCAUAAAAUGGCCAUUCCUGCAUUCUCCAUUGCUUCUCUUCUACUGUUCUUCUUCUUCAAUUUAUGCCUCCCUGGGACUUAUGGUGAAUAUGGACAUGCCACUUUCUAUGGUGGGGGAGAUGCUUCAGGCACAAUGGGAGGUGCUUGUGGGUACGGAAACUUGUACAGCCAAGGCUAUGGCACCAACACUGCAGCACUAAGCACUGCUCUCUUCAACAAUGGCUUGAGUUGUGGGUCUUGCUAUGAGAUCAAAUGUAACGACGACCCGAAAUGGUGCCUCCCGGGGACCAUCACCGUCACGGCGACGAACUUCUGCCCACCUAACCCUGCCCAGUCCAAUGACAAUGGUGGGUGGUGCAACCCUCCUCUCCAGCACUUUGAUUUGGCUGAGCCUGCUUUCUUGCAAAUUGCUCAGUACAGGGCUGGAAUUGUCCCAGUGUCUUUCCAAAGGGUGCCCUGUAUGAAGAAGGGGGGAAUAAGGUUCACAAUCAAUGGCCACUCUUAUUUCAACCUGGUGUUGAUCAGCAACGUUGGGGGCGCUGGCGAUGUCCAUUCUGUGUCGAUCAAGGGUUCAAGAACCGGGUGGCAACCCAUGUCCAGAAACUGGGGCCAAAAUUGGCAGAGCAACAACUACAUGAAUGGCCAGAGCCUUUCUUUUCAGAUCACCACCAGUGACGGACGGACCCUCACGAGCUAUAAUGUGGCCCCUGCUCAUUGGCAGUUUGGCCAAACAUUUGAAGGGUCUCAAUUUUAAGUGUUAUGAAUCCUCUCAAGUAUUGAAUCUGAUGGUAGGUAAAGUCUUUUAGCCAAUCAUGAAGGAGGAUAAUGUUCAACCACCCGUCGACGAGUGUAUAAAAUCAGACUCGUUUGUGAGACUCAAGGAAUUUAGAGUCUAUUGCCGUGGUGGUCAACCAGCACCCGCUUAGGCCUAUCGAUAUGAAUAUUUUCAAAAAGGGUUUUUCUUCGUGGUUAUAGAAAGGUUGAGAUUUAGUUCAUUCAAUUGUAAGCUUAGAUUGAAAUCAAGGCUACAGAGAGAGUUAAUUGGAAGCCUUAGAUUGAAAUCAAGGCCAUAUGAAUGUCACAUCAAGUUUGCAGAUUUGAUCCACAAUUUGGGUAAUAUGAAGUUAGUGUUUAUCCAUCAA